UAUUGACCAACAAAACAAAUAGAUUGUGACAAAUUGGUCGCUUGACGCUUCAUAAUGUUCUCUAAUAACUUUUAAUUUGCACUAUUUCUUCGGUCUCUUAAACUUCGUCUAUUUGCUAGUUUUUUAGUUAAAAAAAAAAAAAAUUGUUAACUUUUUACUUCUUAACUUGUAUUUUGCAUUACAGUUUGCUUACCUAUUCCAUAUUCAAUAUUAUAUUUAAGUGUUCGACAUAAUUUAGUUUUCAAAAACGACUGAUAUAAUACGUUUUAGAGUGUUUAGGCUGUUUUAUUAUAAAAAUUUCUUUAGAAAAAUGGCGGUCCAACAAAAAUAUAGACGCGAGGAAGUCAGCGAAGUCAGUUGUUGCCUGAAGUAUAUUAUAUUCAGCUUUAACGUUUUAUUUUGGAUGUUGGGUUUGUCUAUUAUGGCUGUUGGCGUUUGGGCAUGGACGGAGAAGAACGCGUUCAACAAUCUUGGAAAACUUACACAUUUGGCACUCGAUCCUGCGUUCGCUUUAAUUCUUAUCGGUGCAAUCACGUUCAUAAUAGGUUUCACAGGAUGUAUUGGCGCUUUACGUGAAAAUACGUGUUUGCUGGGAAGUUACGCCAUUCUGUUGGCUGUUAUAUUAAUAUUAGAACUGACUGCGGGAAUAAUGACUUUUGUAUUAAAAGAUACUAUUAAAUCACAAGCCACCGAAGGUCUUCAAACGUUCAUCGUGCAUUACAGAGAAGACCCCGAUCAACAGAAUCUCAUUGAUUGGAUACAAGAAGAUUGGUUGCAAUGUUGUGGAAUCAAAGGCCCUGAAGAUUGGGAUUUAAAUAAUUAUUUCAAUUGUUCCUCGCAAAUGGUCGGAAGCCGAGAAGCUUGUGGAGUUCCGUUUUCGUGUUGUAAACGAAAGCCUAACGAAAUGGUCGAAAAUAAACAAUGUGGAUAUGAUGUCAGAAAAGAAGGCUUUUAUGCUGAGAAAUGGACAAGUUUAAACUUGCCGACUCAAAUGGGCGAAAGAAAUAUUUAUGAAAGGGGUUGCAUGAGAGCCGCCGAAGAAUGGGUCGAAGAUAAUUUUGUUGGUGUCUUAACUACGGUUAUGGCCAUCACCAUAUUUCAGACCGACGAUAUCGGAAAACGAGUGGACAUGAUCAUAAAUGAAAAAGGUUGCUUGCAAGCUGGAGAAGAAUGGCUGGAAAGAAACAUGCUUUUCAUAGCCACUGUAAGUCUCAUAUCAGCUUUCUGCAAGAUCUUGGGAAUUUGCUUUGCACAGAAUCUUCGCGCUGACAUUUUCGCACAAAAAGGAAAAUGGCAUUAAAAUAGAAAACGGCAAUUUAAAGAAAAUGAACUUUAGGCUAUAAAUCUAUUAGAUGAUUUUCACAAAACUAAAUGAAUUCUUGGCGUACUACUAGUAGCCCAUCUACCUGUACAAUAAUAUUGAUGUGCAUUUAAACGCUUUUAAUGUGCAUAUUUUUUUAUAUUUGUGUUGUAAUUAUAUAAAGACCAAUCUUUGUUUUUUCAUCCAAAUUGUUUAGUUUUUAUAUUAUUUAUUUUUCACGAGCAGUUGUCUAGGCUCCUCGUUUAAUCAUCUUUACGUUUUAACAUAAACCUUUUUUUAAUUAGUUACCAAUUAAUAAAAAACUCAAAUUUUCUUUUAUAAAUCUAAUCAUUAUUAUUUAACUUCAGUUUUCGUUUGUUACUAUUAAUUUUUAUAAAACAAUUUUUUUUAUCUUUUAUAAUCUAUAUUUUAUUGACACAUAUUGUAGAUCUUUUGCCGACUACUUGGCUUACUAUGUUAUAUUUUAAUAAUUGAAUAUUAUUAUUUUGCUCAAUAUCUGAAAAGUAUUAUU